AUCUACAGCUCAGAUAUAUCCAGUACCAUCUGGGGCCACCUGGAUUUCCGACUGCCUCCUCUGUAUGCGGCUUUUGUGAAUGGAGUGGCUGUGCACUCAAUGGAUUUUGACGACACGUGGCAUCCAGCCACACACCCAUCCGGGGCUGUGCUUCCCGCUGUGAUUGCACUCUCAGAGGCCUUUCCUCAGAAAAAAAUCUCGGGUCUUGAUCUGCUCUUAGCUUUCAAUGUGGGAAUCGAAGUACAAGGCAGGCUUCUGCACUUCUCCAGCGAAGCCAGGAACAUUCCCAAAAGGUUUCACCCACCGACUGUGGUUGGUACAAUGGGAAGUGCAGCAGCUUGUGCUAAACUGCUAGCUCUUGACCAGCUGAAAUGUAAAAACGCUUUGGCUAUUGCUGCCUCCUAUGCAGGCGCCCCACUGGCUAAUGCAGCAACCCAAACGAAGCCCCUCCACGUUGGCAAUGCUGCCAAGCAUGGACUGGAAGCAGCUUGCUUAGCAUCACAGGGCCUUCAAGGAAACAAACAGAUCUUGGACAUGGAAUCAGGGAUAGGAGCCUUUUAUACAGAUUACAGCCCACAGACUCUGCCAACCUUGCAGUCCUAUCCCUGGCUGUUGGACCAGCAAGAUGUGGCCAUCAAACGUUUUCCUGCUCAUCUUGGAACACACUGGGUGGCUGAUGCAGCAUCUGCUGUUAGAAGGAAGCUUGUGGAGAGCAGUGACAACUUGCUCCCCCUUGAUAAAAUUGAGAAAGUCAUUCUCAAAGUCCCAGAGGUCAAAUAUGUGAACAGACCCAGCCCCACCUCAGAGCACGAAGCUCGACACUCCUUCCAGUUUGUUGCGUGCUCUGCUUUGCUGGAUGGCAGCAUGUCAGUCCAGUCCUUUGCUAGUGAGAACAUUCACCGGCCAGCGUUGCGAGAUCUUCUCUGCAAAACGCAGCUGGAGCACCCUCCUGAUAACACACCUAGCUUUGAGAGUCUUUACUGUGAAGUGAGUGUCACGCUUUGGGAUGGCAACACAAUCAGCGAUCGCUGUGAUACCUUCUACGGACACUGGAGGAAACCUCUGGAAAAGGAGGACUUGGAGAAAAAGUUUCAAGCCAAUGCCUCCAGUGUCCUGCCUGCAGAAGCCACAGAACACAUUAUAGAGACUGUGUACAAUCUGGAAAAAGUACAGGACUGUUCUAUACUAGGUACAUUUUUAUCAGGACAGUCAGCUAGAGCACUUUCAGAGAAGCUGCACUUCCUUUGA